AAUCCAUCUUUCUUUCUCCCCUCCCUCACUCUCUCGCUCCCUCCUUUUCACCUCUUCCACUCACCGUAUAAAUAUCGGCGGGCGGCACUGGGAGAGAUCAGUGUAAGCGGCCUGCGCGCGAGGUGGACGACAGCAACACAAACCUGAAAAAAAUUAAUCCCUGAAAAGUCCAUUUGGGGUUUGCUCGUCAUUCCUACAUCAUGUUCCUCCUGCUCUCCAUGUGCCUCUUGGGGCUCCUGGCCCCACGAGGUGACGCCCAGGACCGCGCCGCCCUCUGGAGGGGCAAUGACCGGAGCGGGCGAUGCCAGUACACCUUCACCGUGGCCAGCCCCGCCGAGGCCAGUUGCCCCCAUGCCGGAGGCCCCGAGGUGGAGGGCAUCAAAACCAGGCUCACCUUACUGGAAGCGCUGGUGUCCAAGCUGACCGGAGAGGAGGCGGGGGCCUCCUCGGCGGACGCGGGGGCUCGGCUCCGCGAGGCGCUGAAUCGUGCGGUGGGCGAGAGGAACCUGCUGCAGGGUGAGAAGGAGCGGCUGCAGAGAGAGAUGGGCUUGCUUCAGAGACGCUUGGAGGAGAUGCUGAGGGAGACGGAGAGGCUGAGGAGCAGACCGUGCCCGCCGCAGACCCCCGCCGUGCCUGACAGUGGUCUGAUGAGACCUGCUGGAGGUUCGAACGCCAUGUCCCACCUGAUGACGCGUCCCAAUAGGCUGGGUGACGGCAGCAAUUUGAGAGACUCUGUGUGGCAGCAGGGCUUCCAGGAGGUCAAGGCUGAGGUGACUGAAGUUCCGGCUCCCGAACAAUACACAGGUUAGAAGCUGUCACUUGAUUUACAGAUGCUGAUUAAAAGCAUCCAUGGCAA